CAAUACCACACCGAUGUAAAUUAGAUAUAUACUUUGUUUUUGUCGUAAAUUUUACUGUAUCAUAGAUAUGAACCACAGGUGUAGUGUAUUUGCAAAUGCUUGCCUUAAACUUCCAGUGGAUCCCGUCAGUAAAAUGCCUAAACCCGACUAUGAGAGAAAAGACAAGUUUGUAACCGCACAGAACUCCAUCGAUUCUUCUUCAACUUGUUCUGUGAACAUUGUAAAUGUAAAUACGGAGAAAAUAAAAGAUUUCUACCGCUCAAUUCCUGAUUAUAAUGAAAUAAAUCAUCUCCCGACUGAAGAAUUCUAUUCUACGUUAAGAUCUUUAAGACAAAAGAAAAAAGUUAUGCUAGAAUAUGCUGUGGAUUUAAUAAAUGAUUGUAAUGGGGAUAAUUUGCAAGCAAAAGAGGAAGCUUACACGAAUGAGACUAAAAUAACUGAUAAGCCUGUUAAAUCUAAUUAUGAUGGUACACUGAGGCGUAAAUACAGUGCAGAGAGAAAAGAUAAAACCUCAGAGUUCAAUGGAGCUGCAAGGAUAAAUAGAAGACGUGUUUCUGAUUGUUCUAAUAAUAACCUAACUGUUUCUUCUAUGAAACAACCGAGUAAAAAGCUGACUGUAACAAAUAUCGAAGUUAAAAUAGAUGACGAUCCUAAAAUAAAUCCGGUUAAAUGUAGUUCCAUGAAAGAGAAGACGUCGAAACCAAAAAGAAACCAUUCGGCAUGUUCCAUAUCCUGGAACGAUGAUCAAAUCGAAAAGAAGAACGAAGUCGACCAGAAGUUUGACAAGUUUUUUGACGGAGCGGAAUAUUCAAGACUGAAGAAAGGUAACAUGGACGACAAUGAGUUUAAAACUCAAAGUAUGCCUUCUAGUCCGUUGAGAGCUAAGCGUUUUGGGUCACCCCAGAGGAGACGUAAGAGUAUAACUGUGCCGAAGCCGUUUAAAAUGACAGAAAGAGAUGAAGAAGUGAGAGCAGUGAACAAGCUUCGUAGCCUGCAAAAGUCGUUCUCCGAAGAUAUGCUUCACAGGAAAUGCGACCGCCAGCAAUUUCGGACCAAACCUGUCCCCAUGGAGUCCCGGAUACCUCUCUACGACAAAAUUCUUGAGGAUCAAGCGAUGAGGAGAGCUAUAACGAAAAUCAACAGCGAAGCAGAGCUCCGCGCUAAAAUGAAGCCUUUCAGUUUUACAAAAAGGGAAGAAGGUGGAUUAGAAGCAGGGAGAGCCUGUGAACGAGCGAUCCAUGCCCUGCCGAAGCCAAAGAAAAAGAAAAGAUUUCGCGCAAGGCCAGUGCCUAAGAAUUUGUUUUCAAACUAUUUUUAUGAUAAAAUGAAGGAGGACGAGUUUUUCAGGUCAAUGAACCGGCGAAUCAGAUCAGAAGAAAUGCUCCGAAGCGCCAACCUCCCCGGUUCCAUGGCCAUGCGAGAUCGCAGCCGGCUAUCCACUCCAGCAGCCCACAGCGAUCUGCCCAUCGAUCCGUCUCCUGGCAUCCCGUCUGUCAGUUCUUCUGACAGACAGAGGAGUAGGAGUCCGGAGAAAAGGAACAGAUACGAGAAAACGGCGAAGGAAGACUUUAUUACGACUAGUCCGAAGCCGUUUAGGUUCAAUACGGCUCACAGAGCGGCUAAGAAGAUGCAAGAUGUAGCAAAGAAAAUGUCCCAAGAAAGCAAAAGCACCGAAAACGUUGGUACCAGCGCCGAUGUCGGAGUUAUGCGAGGGUUGUCCGCCCUGGAGCUCCGAGCUGCAGCCUCGGGCCGAUCGAACCUGGCGGCUCUGCUGAGGGCCGAGGCCGUCCGCCGACGCUUUGAGAUGGACGCGGCCAGUAGGAUGGCAGAGCAGCGGAGAAUACGCGAGAUACAUUACAGAGAUCGCUUGCUGAGAUCUAAUCCUGCGUGGACUCUUGUUAAAAAUAAUGCUGAAGAAGAUAUCGCCAUGCGUCUUCAAACCCGACGCGACGAGGAGCGAAUGAGGCGAGAAGAAUUCCUCCACGAAAUGGAACUUAUGUAUGGAAGAGUCCAACAACAACCUCUGCUCUUUGAGAGAUAUUACGCACCUCGCUCUCACUCCGCUCCUGUUGACUACAUACAACUCUCACCGAGAAAAACCAAGAAAAGGAGCUCCAGGAAAUGUAAAACAUACCAUUUUAAUACUCCUAGCGUAUCGCGAAAAGACUCCCUGCAUGACUACAAUGGCAACAUGAUGGAAUAUUUAAAUAGAAUAGAAAAUGACGAAAAAUCUUACUCUAAUUCGGAAGAUGCUAUUGAUAGUUUUGAUGGUAAGUGA